CUCGUUUGGGUCCAUAUGGCUUUGCAGCGGGUCGAGCUGCUGCUGGUUCUUACUGGGACUCUGAUGCUGGUGUCGGUUCGGGGAUGGGAACGGAUCAACGACAGGGAGCUCGCGUUUUACGAGACUGGUCAGUGGAGCGAAACCCUCAGCUUUACAACAGACGAGGAUGACUUUUAUGAAGGCAAAAUUCUGAUGGAAUCUGAAAGCAUUGCCAUGAAUGAAACAUCUCCUGAGGAUACAUUUCAGGAAGCUGAAGAUGAUGAUUACCACGACUACGACAACUAUGAAGAUGAAACUUUUGAAGUUGAGGGUUCUGCAACCAUUGACACGGUGGAUUCUGUUGCCAGCCUGAUGCGUGGAAAAGGUUCUGACGGAAGCGACUGGUUUGAUGAAUUUCGUGUGGAGUUUGUAAACGCCCCUCUGAAGAGAUGGAUUGGCUGCGCAAGUUCUGAAGAAAUAAAUGUGGCUUGUGAGGAGGAUAGCUUCCAAAUCACUCUUCCUACAGGUCGACUAAGUGGGAUCCAAGUUUUGGGCUUUACGAACAUUUCUGUGGAGGAUGCUCCGGAGUACUGUGGUUACCGCUGGAUCCACCACAAGAACAUCCUGACUGUACACUUCACUGGGUGCAAUGUGAGAGAAGAUGUGGAAGACGUUUACAGUCUCCAGCUGUCCWUCGCCGUCUCCGGUCAGACCAGAGAGUUUUGUGUAUUUUGCAUUGAGAAGACAAAAUUUGACCCUGUCCAGUUUYCCCCGACUUUUCACAAACACACAAAGUGCAUUAAAUCAGUCACUCCCAAACCCUUGAAGUGCGUUCACAAAACCACAGCGCCACCAAUGGCAACUGAUAAACCACCGAUUGUUGUGCCAAGGAAUUGGUUUCCAACAACGUCAGUGCCACCAACGACGACAGCCGCGCCCGAGAAGUUAAAUUCCAGAAACAAAAUAACGUCCCCACAGAAGCCUCACAAUUGUGCCGUUGAUGUUGAGGAGCAGAUUUCUUGUGGUCACUCAGGAAUAUCCCCAUCAGACUGUGGGAAGAAAGGAUGCUGUAUGGAUAUGUCUACAGAAAACUGCUACUACCCGCUUGACGAGUGCACCGCAGAUCAACACUUUGUUUUUGCAAUUCGCCACGAUUGUGCAGACAUCCCCGUGGACCCCAGAAAGCUUGUUGUUCUUGGGAGUCCUCUUUGUAAACCGGCUAUCGUUAAUAAUGAGGUCGCCAUCUUUAAGAUCAAACUUGAAGAUUGUGGAGUCCACUCUUAUGAUGUUGGUGGCAUGAAGAUCUACCUGAUUGAAGUGCACACUGUUGUCAAUGCUCUGAACCUCAAGUAUGGAAUAAUAACAAGGAGUGAUCCGCUCAGGUUUUUGAUUGAGUGUCGCUACAGCAACCCUGGUUAUGCUGAUGCUGAACCAUCAAUAGCCAGUGUAGGCUACAUGGUCAAGACCCCAACUUCCAACUUGCCGUCAUCGGUCAUCUCCAGUGGCUUAUAUGAUGUAGAGCUGAAGAUUGCUAAAGAUCACACAUAUUCAAGUUACCAUCCAACGUACCAUCAGCCCUUGCAGCUGCUCCUCGGCCAUCCGGUGCAUCUUGAGUUGAACCUGAAGUCGUCUAAACCAGAUGCAGUCAUUCUCGUCAACUACUGCUUGGCUUACCCUCGCAAUGCAAAGAAUGCUUUGGUGUUAAUUCAUGAAGGGUGUGCCAGUUCCAACGAUCCCACUGUGUCUGUCCUUAAAGUUGACAACCAUCCUAACAAUCUUCAUCAGAAGCGCUUUAAAGUGGAAGCUUUCCAGUUUAUGGAUCAAAAAACAAACAAGUACUUAAAUGAAGAAAUUUACUUCAUGUGCUCCACAGAAGUUUGUGUGCCAUCAGAAAAGCCUUGUGAACAGCGAUGCUUUGAUGGAAAUGUACCAWAGGGAUUCAGGCACAGACCGACUGGAUAUGAAUAUUGAACUGCAAAAAUAAAUGCAACUUUUUAUACAACAUUUUGUGCAUAUGUUUAAAAUUGAAUCCUUAAGAAAUUGCAAAAACAGAAGGGGAGGAAGGAGG